AUGGUCAAAGAUACGACACCAUCACUCAGCGGGCUGUCCGCACCUUCGCCAACUAAGAGGGAAAGAACUUCUUGGAGGAUCGCAGGCUUACUGCCUUCCUUACAGAGUGGUCAGGACUCUCCGAACACUGGCAGGAGUUCUCCAGAGAUCGUGUAG